GAGGCAAGCCGGACGGAGAACGCAGCGGCUGUUUGCGCCCCUCCUGCCUCCUUGCCAGCCAUGAGCCGCCAACUGACCCAUUUCCCCUGCGGGGAGCGCCUGGGCUUCAGCGGUGGCUCCGCAGUCCUCUCUGGCGGGAUCGGCAGCAGCUCCGCCUCAUUCCGGGCCGGGGUCAAGGGCUCGGCCUCCUUUGGCAGCAAGAGCCUCUUCUGCCUUGGGGGCAGCCGACGCCUGGCGCUCAGCGCUGCGGCGGGGCGAGGCGGCGGCCGCCUGGGUGGCUUCGUGGGCACUGUCUUCGGCAGCGCCGGGCUGGGGCCCGCGUGUCCCUCCGUGUGCCCGCCCGGGGGCAUCCCUCAGGUCACCGUCAACAGGAGCCUCCUGGCCCCGCUCAACGUGGAGCUGGACCCCAAGAUCCAGAGGGUGCGCGCCCAGGAGCGGGAGCAGAUCAAGGCUCUGAACAACAAGUUCGCCUCCUUCAUCGACAAGGUGCGGUUCCUGGAGCAGCAGAAUCAGGUGCUGGAGACCAAGUGGAACCUCCUACAGCAGCUGGAGUUGAACAACUGCAGGAAGAACCUGGAGCCCAUUUAUGAGGGCUACAUCAGCAACCUGCGGAAGCAGCUGGAGACGCUGUCUGGGGACAGGGUGAGGCUGGACUCGGAGCUGAGGAACAUGCAGGAUUUGGUGGAGGACUACAAGAAGAGGUAUGAGGUGGAGAUUAACAGACGCACAGCUGCUGAGAAUGAGUUUGUGGUGCUGAAGAAGGACGUGGAUGCUGCUUACAUGAAUAAGGUUGAGCUCCAGGCCAAGGUGGACUCCUUGACAGAUGAGAUUACAUUCUUCAAGUGCCUUUAUGAAGGGGAGAUCGCUCAGAUCCAGUCCCACAUCAGCGACACAUCCGUCAUCCUGUCAAUGGACAACAACCGGGACCUGGACCUGGACAGCAUCAUUGCCGAGGUCCGUGCCCAGUAUGAGGAGAUCGCCCUAAAGAGCAAGGCCGAGGCUGAGACCCUGUACCAGACCAAGUGCACCAAUCUGGAGACUGCCAUAGCCGACGCUGAGCAGCGGGGGGACUGCUCCCUGAAAGACGCCCGGGCCAAGCUGGAUGAGCUGGAGGGUGCCCUGCACCAGGCCAAGGAGGAGCUGGCACGGAUGCUGCGUGAGUACCAGGAGCUCAUGAGUCUGAAGCUGGCCCUGGAUGUGGAGAUCGCCACCUACCGCAAGCUGCUGGAGAGUGAGGAGUGCAGGAUGUCUGGCGAAUAUCCAAAUUCUGUGAGCAUCUCUGUCAUCAGCAGCACCAAUGCUGGGGCAGGAGGGGCUGGCUUCAGCAUGGGCUUUGGAGCCUCGAGCAGUUAUAGCUACAAAACUGCAGCUGCAGACGUCAAGACCAAAGGCAGCUGUGGCAGCGAGCUCAAGGAUCCCCUUGCCAAAACCUCGGGGAGCAGCUGUGCCACCAAAAAGGCCUCCAGAUGAUGGACAAGUGGUUGGCUCUGUGAGCAGAAGGCUUCCCAACCCACCCAUCUCCUUCCCUCUCCUUCUCUGGGCUCCCUUUCCAAGUCAAGAAAUGCUUUGUCUGUCACUACAGUCCCAACCCCAUUUCCUCUCCCUGUUGCCCUCAAGGUGUGAUGCUUUGAUGCAAGGAGUCCAGUCAGGAGCUCUCUCAGUGGCCUCUUUCUUGGUCCCGUUUCGUUGGGUCAUUGCCUGAAAUGCAAAGACAGCACACAUGCCCAGGAUGUUUCCCCAAGGCCAGCUACAAGCCCCUCUGCCCCCAUGCCUUUCUCGGGCCUUCACUGCUAAGGGACUCUCUUCAUCUUCUGAUUGGGAUUGUAUCCAGUCCUCUGCUUCUCCUGCAAUAAAUGAUUAAAUCUG